AGGUCUCCUAGUGGAUCAGGAAGGGAACAGUAUUCAGACCAUGAGGAUUCCGAAGAUGGCAGAGGUUAUUCUCCUGAACCCGCCUAUAGUUCACCAACUGUAUCCAGAGUCCUUCACUAUCCUCACAAACUAAGCAAAGAGCAGAAAUCAUCCCAUAAAGAAAAGCACAAGUCAGAGACUAAAAGUCACAAUCCAGAAAAAAAGAAAGAAAAAACAUCUUUAAAGGAAAUGCAUGACUUUCCAUCCUAUUCUGGAAGCAGCCGAGAGAAGCUGCCAUCUCCAGAGAUCAGAGAGCACAGCCAUAAAAAGGAAAAACAUAGGCACUCUGUUUCAAAGAACCAAGCUGAGGAUGCUUUAGAUAAUAAAAAACUGAAGUAUCAUGACAAAGCAAAAUCUGAUAAACAUAAAAAUAGACUAUGAGAAAGGCAGAAUGUCAGAAAAGGAUCACGAGCCAGCACACAGAGACAAAUCAGAGAAGAAUAAAACUAAAACAAAAUCUGGUGAACAAGGAUCUCAGGAAAAGAAAUCCAUCAAGAUCUCAGUUCCACCAGAAGACCCAGACUUAGAUGAUGAUUUUGAGCAACCAACUAUGUCUUUUGAAUCCUAUCUGAGCUAUGACCAGCCCCAGAAAAAGAAGAAAAAAAACACUCCGAAACUGGUAGUAAGUGCACCUGAAAAGAGCAAUAGGAAAGUGAGUGAUGGCAAAACAGAACAUAAGCAAGUUUCCAAACAUAAAUCAAAGCCAUCUUCCAACAAAAGGGAAAAAAAGGAAACCUCAUCAGCUAUUUUAAACAAGAUAGACCAGGUUCCGGUUUUACCUGACAUUCCGCUACCUAUGAUCCAGCCAAAUUAUCGUCCUCUUCCUUCAAUUGAACCUGUUCAGUUCCCACCUCACAAGAGGAAAGCUCCACUUUUGUCUUUUACUGAAGAAGACGAGGGUGCUGGAUUCACAGGCCGCAGAUUAAACUCCAAAAUGCAGGUGUAUUCUGGAUCUAAAACUGCCUAUUUGCCUAAGAUGAUGUCCCUUUAUGAACAGUGUAUCCGUGUUCUGGCUAAUAACAUAGACUCUAUCUAUGAAGUAGGAGGUGUACCAUAUUCAGUGCUUGAGCCAGUUUUGGAGAAAUGUACCCCAGAGCAGUUGUACCGGAUUGAAGAAUGUAAUCAUGUAUUAGUGGAAGACACAGAUCAGCUCUGGAAGAAUCAUUGUCAGCGAGACUUCAAAAAAGAGACUCCAUCAGAAUAUGAGUCUUGGAGAGAACUGUACCUUCGGUUGCAUGAGGCUAGAGAUAGGAGGCUUCAAACUUUGACUGAAAACAUUCGCUCUGCCCAUGCAAAUAAACCAAAAGUACGACAAGCAAAAAUGGCCUUUGUAAAUACGGAGGUGAAACCCCCACGAGAUGUGCGCAGAAGACAAGAAAAGUUUGGAACUGGAGCAGCAGCUGUCAAUGAGAAGAUCAGGGUUAAGCCAUUUACUCCAGUUGUUAGCAGCAGCAGCAGCAGCAGCAGCAGUGGUAGUAGUAGUAGUAGUAGUAGUAACCAUGUGUCCUCUGAGGAGUCGCACUCAUAUGAAGGACCCAGCACCAGCUGUACUGUGCCACCACCAAGCAGUGUUCAGUCUGGACAAUCAUGAUCCACGGAAACCACAAGUCAAGAAAGUUGCUCCAAUGAUGGCCAAAACAAUAUAAAAGCUUUCAAGAACCGGUUUUCUCGGCGAUAA